CGCAAAACCGGUUCCUGAAUUUUAUGUAGGUUGGUCCUUACGUAGCGAAAAUUGGGAGGCACUGCAUAUUCUUCUGCAGGGGAGACGUGUAUCGCCUCCCCUUCUCCUACUCGCCGCGGCCGAAUAGCCUCGGGGAUGCAUACCACUCGAUGCAAAUGGUAGGCCGGGGCUGUAAGUUGGAAAACCGGAUAUUCCAGGCCCCAGGUAGAGCCUCCAGGGCCAUUGAUCCACCAGGUAAGGGAUAUCUGCCAGGGUCGAGCUGGAAGCAUAUGCCGCCUCUCAGUUGGGAAGUCUCUCCUCCAACACGCACUGGGCAGCUUUGAACGACCGGUUCACAAAGAUAUAAAAGCCAUCCAGAUUCCCGGCAUCAUUCUCAUUCUCCAUCACAACCAUUCAAAUCAUCUUCCUCCACUGUCAAUCCACUCUCAACCUUCCCAACUUCUUCAAGUUAGUCCAACCGACUCACCAAACCAACCAUCACAAUGAAGUUCUUCGCCGUUGCCGCCCUCUUCGCCGCCACCGCGCUGGCCCUCCCCGAGACCGGCCCCAAGGUUGGCAACUCUGCUCAGGAGCUGUACGGAAAGUGCUCCAACGGCAAGCGUUCUUGCUGUAACUCCGACCCUUCCAACGCCGAGCUGAGCUCUGAGGAGCACGAAAGCCUCCUUGGCCUGCUUGACGGCUCCAUCAUCCCCAACCUGAACACCGGCCACUACAGCGGCUGCAGCGAUCGUAAGUCUCUUCCCAGCUAAUGGAACCAUCUGGAUCUCGCUAAUGUUGGCCCUUGUAGUUGCCAACCUCAUCCCCGGUGAAUGCCAGGGCAGCAUUGCCUGCUGCGACAACAACAGCGUCAACAAUGGUAUCAACGUCGUUGUUCCCUGCGUUGGUAUUCCCGUCGGCGUUUAAGCGGUAAACAUGCGACGAGGGGCCGUCUGUCAAUGACGAGUCUUGAAUCCUAGUUCGAAGGAGGAAUCGUGACGGACAUUGUGGCUUGUACAGUCGUACUAUCGAGCGGUCGCCGAGAUGAUAAUUUCGGGUCGGAUGAGCUUUUUGUAUUGAACAUGCAGGGGACGCUAGUUGCAUUUGUUUUUUGUCUUUCUCUAUCGCUGUUGUACUCGCAUUGGUUAGCAUUGUGAGUACAAUCAACAUCAAAAGCAAUUUAGCAACAUGUUAUUUGGCUGGAACCUGUUUCUUUCAAACAUUGUAGCAAGG